AUGGUUGAAUCAAUUUCAUCGCAAUUGCCCCAAAAAACAACUUACAAGUUACCAAAACCAAAAGCAGCAUAUUAUCCUCAUCCAGGAUCACCUUUAUAUGCCGAUAAAUCCUUUUACGAUUCUAUAGCUAAAGCUCCUAAAACACUUGUUGACAAAAUUCGGUGUGAACCACGUACAGGGAUUGCCAUCAAGAUACCAGCGAAAUCGGUGUUUAGAAUUACAACUCCUGAUGGACCACAGGUUUGUGAUUUGAAUAUUUGGAAUUUGAAUAAUUUUAAAGAACGGUUCUGGGCUGCUAGAACUAGACAAUUGCAUUCUGCUCAUGUGUCGACUUAUGAUAGGCUUUGGUCGAAUUUGCCAUACUUGCGUCCACUAGUCACCAUCAUUGGCGAUACUAUGUCUGCCAGACACGAUGAAUGGGGUGGAAGAGUCCACGAUACCUUGGGUACACGAUGUGACCCAUACGUAGACAAGUUAAUCAGUGGGAAAGAUAACGACAACCAUUGUCAUUCCAAUUUAUAUCGAGCUAUUAGACCUUUUGGAUUGACAGAAUUUGAUGUUCAUGAUGUCUUGAAUGUGUUUCAAGUCACUGGAUUAAAUGAAUAUGAUCAGUAUUUCAUGGAGGCCUGUCCUGCUACUAAAAGCGAUUAUUUUGAAUUAUUUGCUGAAUUGGAUUUGCUUGUUGCAAUAAGUGCCUGUCCUGGCGGAGAUUUGUCACAAUGGGGGUGGGGUGAGCAUCAAGACGAUUUAAACGAUCUGAAAAUGGUUGAUUGUUGUCGUGCUCUUGAAAUUGAGGUGUAUAAAUUAGAAGACGAAGAUGGUGUUUUACAAGGGUGGAAACAGCCUGAAGUUGUCAACUACACGGGUAAUCAUGGAUUGAAGUAG